AUGAUCAACGGAACUCCGAAAAUACUGGCUACUACUUAUAAAUGUGUAUUCAGAAGUACUUCAUUCUCCCAACUUUUAGCCAGUAAGUCGGUAUGCGGAGUGUUUUCCAGUACAUUUCAUAAUGUAAAUGGCAGGCAAAAACUCCUUUACAAAUAUGGUGAUUUACUUCAUUUUCACCCAACUGGAGCUUUAGCUCUGAGAUUGCAACACUCUCAUGGUCCUUCAGAUAAUUUAUCAAAUCCAGCUUUGGAACAAAAAGCAAUUUUAUCUGACUGGACUAUUAUUAGACGACUUCUUAAAUAUGUUUGGCCACAGGAUAGGCCGGAAAUCCGUUUGCGUGUAGUUGCGGCUAUGUUUUUGUUAUUAUCUUCCAAAUUUGUUAAUGUUUUGGUCCCAUUCGUUUUCAAAAUUGCAGUUGACUGUUUGUCAGGAGAAACUCCAAUACUAUUAGGUGACACAAGUCCUAGUGUGGCAGCUACAACUAUUUUAAUUUCGUAUGGUUUGUUUAGAGCUACUGCUUCUGGUUUAAAUGAAUUACGUACUGCAGUUUUUGCUAAAGCUGCUCUUUCUUCAAUUCGAGAAGUCGGAGUUCAAGUAUUUCGACAUAUGCACAAUCUUGAUUUAAGUUAUCAUCUUGGAAGGAGAACUGGAGCAUUAGGUAAAGCAAUUGAUCGUGGCGCUAGGGGAAUAAAUUUUAUAUUGACUGCUAUGGUUUUCAAUUUAUUUCCUACUACAUUUGAAGUUGCUGUUGUAACAGGGAUUUUGUAUUAUAAAUAUGGAGUAGCGGCCAGUACAAUUGCACUAAGCUGCAUAGCUGCUUAUACAGCAUUCACAUUUGCUGUUACACGUUGGCGUACUCAAUUUCGUGUUCAAAUGAAUAAGGCAGAUGGACGAGCUGCAAGUCAAGCUACUGACUCACUUAUUAAUUAUGAAACUGUAAAAUACUUCAACAACGAAGAGCGCGAAGCAGAACUUUAUGACAAACUUCAAGCUCAAUACGAAGAGGCCAGUAUUAGAACAACAACUAGUCUAGCUGUACUUAACUUCGGUCAGGCUGCUAUAUUCUCUGUUGGCUUAGCUGCUACAAUGAUAGCAGUUGCAAAUCAAGUUACUUCCGGUAUAACCGAUCCAGCAACAGCUGCUCAUGUUCUUGAAGCCACUGGGAUAAGUAGUUUAGCUAAAUCUUUAACUGUGGGAGAUCUUGUUCUCGUAAACGGAUUAUUAUUCCAAUUAUCAAUACCAUUGAAUUUUUUGGGUACGGUAUAUCGUGAAGUAAGGCAAUCUUUAAUUGAUAUGUCAACUAUGUUUACACUAUUGGAACUUGCUCCAACAGUUCGUUCCUUACCGAAUGCACCAAAUAUACACAUUGAUCGUUCUAAUUCAUCUGUAGAAUUUCGUGAUGUGAAAUUCACUUACUACACUAAAGACCCUAAAGAUUCUUUAUUAAAACCUGGGAAAUUCAUAUGUGAUGGAUUAAGUUUUAAGGUUGAACCUGGUCAACGUGUAGCUAUUGUUGGUGAGAGUGGUACCGGAAAAUCUACAAUUGUUCGAUUAAUCUACCGAUUUUUUGAUGUAUCCAGUGGUAGUGUACUGGUCGGUGGUCAAGAUGUUCGGUCAGUGAAUUUGGAGAGUUUACGUCAUGCAAUUGCAGUAAUACCACAGGAUACGGUUUUGUUCCAUAAUACAAUAUUUUAUAAUCUCCAAUACGGUAACUUGAAAGCAACUCCGGAGGAAGUUUACGAAGCCGCUCGUUUAUCGAAUGUAGCCAAUGCAAUUGAACGUAUGCCACACGGAUACGAUACACAAGUCGGAGAACGUGGUUUGAAAUUGAGCGGUGGUGAAAAACAACGAAUAGCGAUUGCAAGGGCUCUACUGAAGAAAGCUCCAAUUUUGGUUUAUGACGAAGCAACGUCAUCAUUAGAUUCAAUCACUGAACAUACUAUUCUUCAACGAUUAGCAGAAGUUACACCUGGAAUUACAUCGCUUGUAAUCGCUCAUCGUUUAAGCACAAUAAUUGAUGCUGAUGAAAUCUUAGUCUUACGAAAUGGUCGUGUAUCUGAACGUGGUACGCACUCCAGUUUACUAUCACAACCGGAUUCAUAUUAUAGACAACUUUGGGAUCAACAACGAAGUGGAAUCCUACCCACUACUAUUACGAGUGCUACUGAUAAUUGUAACAGCAAUGAUAAUUAUAAAAUAUCCAAUUCAGGCAGUCGAGAUACAAACACCUAA